AGAAUAUAAACCCUGUAUUUCAAACGCUUCUCAUUCUGUUCCUUCACUCUUCUUCUCUCUCUAUCCCCGAGUUUCUCCCGUGUUAUUCGCCACCGCGCCAAGCACGAACCAGACUCAACGGUCGUCUUAAUCUAAUCUUCUUUAGGACACGGCCGAAUCAUAUCACUAACCUCAAGCUCCUCGCUUUCACGGUGAGUUGUCAAUCGCACUGAUAUCAAGGUGACCGUACGGUAACAAUGGCGGAACAAGUCUUGGAAGGGAGCCAACCGGUUGAUCUCCAGAAGCACCCUUCAGGAAUAGUUCCGACCUUGCAGAAUAUUGUCUCCACUGUUAAUUUGGAUUGCAAGCUGGAUCUUAAGGCCAUUGCUCUCCAAGCUAGAAAUGCAGAAUAUAAUCCCAAGCGUUUUGCUGCAGUUAUUAUGAGAAUAAGAGAACCAAAAACCACAGCAUUGAUAUUUGCAUCUGGCAAGAUGGUGUGUACAGGAGCUAAAAGUGAACAUCAAUCAAAACUUGCAGCAAGAAAGUAUGCUCGUAUCAUUCAGAAACUUGGGUUUCCAGCAAAGUUUAAGGACUUUAAAAUCCAGAAUAUAGUAGGCUCUUGUGAUGUUAAGUUUCCCAUUAGGCUUGAAGGACUUGCAUAUUCGCAUGGUGCUUUCUCAAGUUAUGAACCAGAAUUAUUUCCAGGCUUGAUUUACCGGAUGAAGCAACCGAAAAUUGUGCUACUUAUAUUUGUCUCUGGAAAAAUUGUUCUUACAGGAGCAAAGGUGAGGGAAGAGACCUACACUGCAUUUGAGAACAUUUACCCUGUCCUGACAGAGUUCAGGAAAAAUCAGCAAUGAUGGGGUGGCAGAGGACUCAACCGUUAUUGUUCUUGUAUUAAAUUUUUGGCAUUUGUGUUUUUAGUCAUCUCUCUAUAUAGUAUGAAAUUGCAUCCUUACCUAAUGCCACUCCUUGCAAUCUUCAACUUCUACAAGUCUUAUAUUCAGUUCUGUUGGCAGACAUAACAGACAGAGCAACCAAAGACAAUUUGCUUGCAAAAGGUUUGCGGCGGAACACUUUCGCUGUGAUGACUGCUGCACCUGGAUUGAAUUGUAAAUAUGAAAAGGGUUGUUGCAACCGUUUACUGAUUGCUUAACCAUGAUAUAGUCCAAGUUUUGUAAUUGGUUAUUUGGUGUAAAAUUGUGUGAAACAACAACUGCCAAGUCUUUGAAACAAAAAUGGAAAAUGGGGGAGUGGAAAAAACUUUUAAACUUCUAGUAGACUUGCAACAUUAUGCAUACUUAGAAAUUUUAUUAUUGUUUCAUUUUAUUUGCAUUAUUAUAAAGACUUGAGUUUAUCAUGUUCA